AUGAUUUGAUGUCAGACGAUGCAUCCAAGGAUGAUAAAGCAGAGAAAAAAGGGGUCAUGUUACAACCCAUGGACAGAGCAUGAGGUGUCUGACAAGAGCAUUGCGGAUUGUGUAGAAGCCAUAAUUGGAGCCUACCUCCUUGUGUGUGGGAAUGAGGCAGCAACCUCCUUCUUGGAUUGGCUUGGAGUUGGGGUCUUCAAGGACAACUCCUUGUUAAUGGAACCAAAGACAAUAAGAACUGCUUAUGUGUGCAAGGAGCAUGCACAAGACCUAAACAUUUUUUAUAAGAAACAGUCCCUUUGA